AUGUCAGCCCUCACGCCCGAACAAAAGGAGCACUUCCUCCAGCAUGGCUGGGUCAAAAUCGAGAACUGCUUCACCAGAGAGCAAGCAGAGACCAUAACUUCCAACGUGUGGACUCGCCUGGGCAUGGACCCCAACGACAAAUCAACAUGGCACACCCUCCGCACCAACAUGCCCUCUCAUUUUGACUUUGACUCGUCCACCUUUGCCCCCAAGGCCUGGGCAGCCAUCUGCGAGAUUUGCGGCGGGGAGGACCGCAUCGACCCAGCAUUCAAGUACUGGAAGGACUCCCUCAUCGUCAACCUUGGAACUCCAGAAGGAGAAAACAAGCCUGUCCCUCCCGAAAACUUUCCCGAGUGGCAUGUCGAUGGGGACUUUUUCGUACACUACCUCGACAGCAGAGAGCAGGGUUUGCUUGUCACACCCCUGUUCACAGAUAUCGAGCAUCACGGUGGUGGAACCUACAUCUGCCCUCCUGCCAUCCCCAAGAUCGCAAAGCACCUGUACGAGAACCCAGCCGGUGUCUGCCCAAGAAUGGAGCCCCGUGGCGCACCAAACUUCAACCAGCAAGAGAACCUGGACUGGUUCAACAACUGCGCCAAGAGCUGUGCUGGCGAACCGGGGGCGUUUGUCGAGGCAACCGGCAAAGUGGGAGAUGUGUAUCUGAUGCACCCUCUCAUGCUCCAUGCGCCGUCGGAUAACUCGCUCAGGAGAGUGAGAAUCAUCACCAACCCACCUAUUGCGUUGAAGGAGCCGAUGAACUUUGACCGGGACAAUGAGGAGGAGUACAGUCUUGUGGAGAAGGUUACGUUGAAGGCGCUGGGGAAGGAUCGGCUGCCGGGGUGGAAGAUUACUGGGCCGAGAGAAGCAGUGACUCCGCUCAGGGUCAAAAUCCAGGAGCAGAUGAGACUGGAGGAGUUGAAGAGACUGGAGGCGUUGAAGAAGCAGGCUGAGCAGACCCAGACUGUUACUGCUGCUGCCUAA